AUGGGAGGCAAUGGAACUUCACCUUGUGCUUCUUGCAAGUUGCUUCGUCGUAGAUGUGCCAAAGACUGCAUUUUCGCCCCUUACUUCCCUUCCGAUGAUCCCCACAAGUUUGCCAUCGUCCAUAAAGUAUUUGGUGCUAGCAAUGUCAGCAAAAUGUUGCAGGAGCUCCCAGUGCAGCAAAGAGCAGAUGCAGUAAGUAGUCUAGUGUACGAAGCGAAUGCAAGGAUGAGGGAUCCGGUGUAUGGAUGUGUAGGGGCCAUAUCUUUCCUACAAAACCAGGUUUCACAGCUGCAAAUGCAACUAGCAGUAGCUCAGGCAGAGAUAUUAUGCAUCCAGAUGCAGCAAGAGCCAAGUAACAUGGCAAACCCAGUACAAAACAACUUUGAGGCAGUAGAUGACAAAUCUUUCCUCUUCCAGAACAAUAUCUCCCAACAACAAUACUUGAAUUUCCCAUCUUCUAGUGAACAUCAUGUAAUUCAAGACUCCCUCAAAAGGGAGUCUUUCUUUGGACAUGACAUGGUUUCAUAA